AUGGCAGUUGAGCCUCCGCACAUCAAUCUCUUCCCCUCGCAGUUACUAACGGCCAGGGACAUGACGAAACCGAAUCGCGCCUUCUACAACGCGCAACUCGAAGGUGGUGCGGCUCUGCCUUCAACGGUGGUGCCGUUUCAUCGCGCCACCCUCUGUGACCCCAACUCCAUCAACAAGUCCGACAGCGGCCUCACCUACCACAUCCCCCUCCCCAGGAAACGCUCCAGGGAUUGCAUGACUGAGUCCAACGCUCCUCCUGUUUCGCAGAAAAUCAAAAUCUCCUCUCAACCCUCCUCUUUCGACCAGGAGCUUGUCUUCCAUUUCCAGAACCAGCAAUCCGAGAUCGACCGCUUCAUCGCGCAACACACAGAGAGAGUGUGGGUGGAGCUCGAGGAGCAGCGAGUGAGGCAAUCAAGAAUGUUGGUGAAGGCGAUACAAGAGGCCGUCGCGAAGAAACUGAAGGAGAAAGACGAGGAGAUUCAGCGCGUGGGGAAGCUCAAUUGGGUGCUGCAAGAAAGAGUGAAGAGUCUCAGCGUGGAGAACCAGAUUUGGAGGGAGUUGGCGCAGAACAACGAGGCCACCGCGAAUUCGCUCAGGAACAAUCUGGAACAAGUGCUGGCGCACGUUAGCGAGGAGAACCACCAUCACGGCGGCGCCCCCGCCGAGUCGAGUUGCGGUAGCAACAAUAACCACGGCAAGGAGGAUGAAGAAGUAUGCGGCGGGAACAGAAACGGAAACGAGGGCGUUUUGGGAAGAAGAAUGUGCAAUGAGUGUGGGGUAAGAGAAUCGAUAGUGCUGCUGUUGCCAUGUAGGCAUCUGUGUCUGUGCACAAUGUGUGGGUCCACCGUCCACAAUUGUCCUCUUUGUCACUCUGGCAUUAAUGCCAGUGUCCAUGUCAAUUACUCUUAG